AAGCCGGGUAUGCGCAAGAAGAAGGAGGUCUUCAAGUCGCCGGAGCGGUUCAAUUGGCUCAUCAGCCUUUUGUACGGCCGCCAGGAGUUCGGGGAGUGCCUCAAGGUCGUCGAGCAGGCCCUCGAGGAGAGCGGGGGCCUGAACGAGUACCCGCUCUACAUCAAGGCGCUCAUCAUGCGCCAGCAGGGCAAGAUCCAGGAGAGUUUGACGCUGUUCCAGAGCGCGACGUGCCUGAACCCGUCGAACGUCGCGAACCUGAAGCAGGUCGGCCACAGCCUCUACCUCCUGGGCAAGCACAAGGCGGCGCUGGGCGUCUACAAGCAGGCGCGGGAGAUGUCGGCGGACAUGCAGCGGUCGAGCUCCGACGGCGGCCGCGCGGACGCGGGCGACGGCAACGACUGGGAGCUCUGGCACAACUCGGGCCUCUGCCACGCGUACCUGAAGCAGUACGACAAGGCCAUCGAGGCCUUCACGCGGGCCAACGGCAUCGGGCGCCACGACGCGACCUUCAUGCAGCUCGGCAAGGUCUACCAGCAGAUGGGCAACCACAAGGAGGCGCUCCGGGUCUACCAGGACGCGCUCGACUUCAGCCCCGAGAACCCCGAGCUGCUGUGCACCAUCGGGCUGACCUACCUGCGCCUCAACGAGCACCAGCGCGCCUUCGACUUCCUGGGCAACUCGUUGACCCACGACCCGAAGAACCCGAAGGCGAUCUUAGCGGCCGGGUCCAUCAUCCAGGACAACAAGGACAUGGACGUCGCGCUCCACAAGUACCGCGUCGCCGCGGUGCAGACGCCCCACAGCGCCCAGCUCUGGAACAACAUCGGCAUGGCCCUCUUCGGCAAGGGCAAGAACGUCGCCGCCGUGUCCUGCCUCAAGCGCGCGCUCUACUACGACCCCUUCGAGUGGAUCAUCUCCUUCAAUCUGGGGCUCGUGCACCUGCACACGGAGCAGUACGCGUCGGCCUUCCACCACUUCAACACGUCCAUCAACCUCAAGGGCGACUACGCCCAGUCCUACAUGUACCUCGGCGUCGCGCUGUCGAAGAUGGACGACGCGGCGAACGCGUUCGCGGCCUUCGACAAGUCGCUCAAGCUCGCCGACGACUACACGACGCGCCUCAACUACGCCAUCGCCCUCGCCAAC